AUCCCAUAUAUAAAUGAACGCAAGGCUAUAAAAUUCUCUUUACACAACAAUCAUCCAACAUUCAAAUACAGACAAUUGUUAGCUAUGACCAACCUUUAUUUUAAGACGGCUUUUCUUCUCUCCCUCUUGUUACUGUCCUUCUCUUAUCAGAGUAAACUAAUCGAGGCUAAGGAAGACAAAGAAUGUAACGACAGCAAAUGUCUUCCUAAUCCGUCAAGGAUAAAUUUAGAAGAAGGGAAUAUAAAAAGAAUCGAUGUGAAUCAUGGAGGGAUAUGUGACACAUACCUUGAGUGUGGAGGGUUGGCAUGUUCUGAUUAUCGUCGGGCGUGUUGCGUAAACGGAAAAUGUGUAUGCCGCAAACAAGGCCAAACUCUGCCCGAUUGCCCAAACUAAAUUAUGUAUUGACAACAUUCUAAUUAAUAAAAUAAGAUGUCUUAGAAACAACAAAAACAUUUCAUCAAUCCUUUAUAAAUG